AGCUUGUUCACGAUCUUACAGGUGGGAUUCUUUGUGUAUCACUGCCUGGAGGCCAACAACAUUACCCCCACCGGUCCCGUCCCUGUGGAAAGCGUCUUUAUCUACCGUCCCGACCGCCGCCUACAGCUGUGGAGGUUCAUCUUCUAUAUGUUCAUACAUGCCGGGUGGGUACAUUUAUUUUUCAACAUGUUGGUACAAAUAAUCGUUGGUAUUCCCUUGGAGAUGGUUCAUGGUUCUUUCCGGAUUGUACUUGUGUAUCUGGCUGGAGUUCUUGCAGGGUCUCUAGGGACGUCAGUGUUCGACAUCAAAGUGUAUCUAGUUGGGGCCUCAGGAGGGGUGUACGCUUUAUUAGCAGCUCAUCUUGCAAAUGUCAUGCUGAAUUAUACUCAUAUGGAGUUUGGUGUAUUGAAAUUGGCAGCUGUUCUUGUUGUUGCUAGCGCAGAUGUUGGCUUCGCUAUUUGGGACCGAUAUUCCAGCUUGGACAAGGCGCCACCUGUCGGAUACACAGCUCAUCUAAUGGGGGCACUAGCAGGUCUAACCAUAGGACUUGUUGUUUUGAAAAACUUUGAACAAAAACUUCACGAACAGUACUUGUGGUGGAUAUCACUGUCCAUUUACCUAGCUUGUUUUGCGUUUGCUAUUUUCUGGAAUGUGUUUUAUUACUGACAUUUCUUCAGGAGGUCAUCAUCAUUAUUAUCAGCAGCAACGUCAUCAUCGUUGUCAUCCAUGCUUUCCUUGACUCAGGUACUGCCGAAUGGAGAUCUAAACCUGUCCUCAUCAACGUUAACAGCCUUGUGCGGUACGCGGACGCAGGCCUCCAAUCUGGUGCUCUAUAUCAUUGUACUCAUAUAGCAUACCACUACUACUAUUACUACCGAAUAGCUCUUGUUUCUGGGUCAUAUACAGCUGCGGAACUCCAUUGCACUUUUGUCCUUUGCCACCCGUAGACUUUUGAUUUAUAAUUGAAACUUAUAUCUCAUAAUGUGGUUCUCUGACUGAAUGAUCCUUGACGCGGUUAAAUUUUCAGCCACAACAUACGUAAUUUCGUAUUAAUUCCCACCAGGUAUCCUCAGACAUCACGUAAAUAGUACAUGUGUACUAGUAAGUUCAGGUACAGAAUGAACAUACGUAAAUGUUCCUUUGGUAUAGGAUUUUUCAAAGACGUGAUAAGCAGAGAGCGCUGUUUUUAAUUAAGACAAUUGUUAUAUAUUGUUAAUGGAUGGGGACAUUCACUUAAGGUAGAGACGCUAAGUAUACAGGUGUUGGGUGAACUGAAUAGUAAAAUCGGACGUUUUACAAAUGGGAAUGGAUCAUAUGUUCGUUCAAAUAUAUAUAUAUAGCAAAUGUGUAUUGCCGUCCGUAGCUAAGUUGAAUAAAAACAACUAUGGUUCUUCAUCAAAACGUUUCAAAGAAAGUAUGGGCCAGCUAUAUCUACAUUGACGUAGAAAAGUACAUUCGCUCUAAGAUGUUCUAACUCGCUCGAACAUACCAUGCUGGGACGCAUCCUAAUAUUCAAGUUUGAGGGGUGGAUGUAUGUGUAAGUGCUCAGACUUAUAAAAAAGUUUAGCUAUCAAAAAAUUCUAAAUUUUGCUUUUUAAACAGAUAUAACGAUUUGAUUACCAAUGUAAGCGUUGCUUACUAUUCAUAAAAUUUAUAAGAUCAAUCAAUUAAGUGCUAGCUUUCUUAAAACCGUUCCUGUCAGAGUAAAUACAAAGCGAUUUGAAAACAAAUAUACCUGAUCGAUCUAUUAACGGGAAACUUUACUUAAAUGCUUAGUGUCUAUAUAUACCUGUGAUAACUGAUGUAAAUAUUGUGUUUUUGGAGACAGGCUGUGAAAACAUUGUCAUAAUGUUUAGUACGUUCGUUUUGUUUGUUUUUAAAACACGCUUAUUUAUUUGUUUUACAUUUUUGUCAAAGGUAAACGUUUUAUAGUAGUUGUUAUAAACUUCAUGAGCGAGUGUGAACUGACAAAGUUUGAUCGUUUUUGUAUGACGAGAUGUAGGAUAUGUAUGACGAGA